AUGGCGACCCUGGCCGAGAGGCUUGAGAAGAUCAAGUCCCCCAAAUUACAGAAUCAGCACCAUACUGCCGUGGUGCUGAACGCUGUGGAGGAUACACUACGGGAUCAGAAAGCAGAUUUCUCGCCUACUGCCUACUUUGCCGCGCUUCUAGCCCUCCUUUCGCAGUCUCUGUCCGCCGCGCAAGGCAUCGUCAAUAAAGACUUAGCGACCUCUGUCGUUUAUCUUCUCGAUAUCACCACCAACUACGUCCCUGCGCCCAUUCUCCAAUCUAAGUUCUCCCAGAUCCUUACCAGUCUCGCCCCUGCGCUUUCCCUCCCAGAGGUUGAUGCUCCGCUUCUCCGACCGUCCAUUGGCUGUUUAGAGUCUCUACUCAUUGCACAGGAUGCAGCGGCGUGGAAUCUCCCCCAUACCCAGAUUGGUCCCCGGCGGGCCAUUGCGGGACUACUUAGUUUGUCCGUGGACCAUCGCCCGAAAGUGCGAAAGAGGGCGCAGGAUGCCCUUAUUAAGGUUCUCAAGACACCCCCGCCUACCCCCGCUCUCGAUCACCCGGCUGCCGAUAUGUGCGCAGAAUCGGCCCUAAAAACCCUUGGCGACAGCAUUGCCGCUGCGUCAAAACAAAAGCGUGGGCGCAACGAUCCUCACAACCGAGAGAACCAUGACCCUCUUGUAAUCCAUUCUUUGCAAUUGGUAAAGACGGUGGCGGUUGCGUCAGGCGGCUGGCCGAGCAAGAAGAUCGAGCCCCUAUGUGAGCUGUUGAUGAACGCAUCCCGAUCAACCAAUGAGUACAUUACCAUGGGCGCUUUCGAAGUGUUUGAGGUUAUCUUCUCCAGUAUGGCUAAUGAGUUCACUUCGUCGAAACUUCCCCGUCUUCUCGAGGCGAUCUCUGAGCUGAAGCCGGCGCAGAAUGAUUCGCAGCUUCUGCCUCCGUGGAUUGCCGUGCUGUCACGCGGUUACGAUGUAUCUGCGCAAAUCAGUCCUGAAGACACGUUUGAGAAGUUACCCGAACUGUUCAACAUGAUCUCCAGCUAUCUUGCAUCUCCCUCGAGCAAUAUCCGAGUCUCCGCAUCUGAGUGCCUGGUUUCGUUUGUCGCCAACUGUAUCCCGGCUAGUGUCAUAAUUGAACCUUCCGUCUAUGACGAAAAAACUCUAGAGAAGCUCGCAAAGUCAACGAAGGACUUGCUUUCAGUGAAGUACCAAGCCGCUUGGAUGGAAGUCUUCAAUGUCUGUGCUGCCAUGUUUGAGAGUUUCAAGUGGCAAUCCAGUCCCUUUCUAGACGACAUCGUUAAAACCGUUGGAGAAUUACGCAGCAACGAAGCUUUCCAAGGUAAGAAAGAGGCGGAUAAUGUCCUUGGUGCCGCUAUUGAAGCCAUGGGCCCCGAAGCUGUUCUAAAUAUUCUGCCCCUUAAUCUGAUUGAGCAGAAAGCUGGCCAACCAGGCCGAGUGUGGUUCCUCCCGAUACUCCGCGACAGCGUCACCAAUACGAAUUUGAGCCAUUUCCGUUCCGAAUUCGUUCCCCUCAGUGAAGCCCUUUACCAGAGGGUCAUGGAGUAUGCAUCGGCGGAGAAGACCGUGGAAGUGAAGAUCUUCGAAACCCUUGUUCAGCAAACCUGGGCUAUUCUCCCAGGAUACUGCGAGCUUCCGCUUGACUUGAUUGAAUCUUUUGACCAGAGUUUCGCCGAACUGCUCUCUAAUAUUCUGUACAAGCAGACUGACCUGCGAGUUGACAUCUGCAAGGCACUUCAAAAUCUUGUUGAGUCUAACCAGGCAAUCUUAUCUGUGGAGAAUGAGAAAGAUGAUCUUAUUCUGCAGCGCAGAAUUACGAAGGAGGCGGCUAAGAAGAAUAUUGCGCAUUUGGCCGGAUUUGCCAGCAACUUGCUGGCAGUUCUUUUCAAUGUGUACAGCCAGACACUGCCGCAUUACCGAGGCUACAUUCUGCAAUGUAUCAAUGCUUAUUUGAGCAUCACGCCUGAGAAGGAAUUGAAUGAUACCUUCGAACGUGUGACUCAGAUGCUCGAGUCGUCGGUGACUUCCGAGCAGGAAGCAGCCAAGCAGGGCAACCAGCCUACAAACUCCGGAGACAAAAUGCCGCCAACUUCCCACACACUCAUUGACCUUGUCAUCGCAAUGUCAAUAUACCUACCUCGUUCGAGCUUUGCUGCACUCUUCUCUCUCGCAGCAGCGAUUCUGAACGGUGGCACUGCCGAUCAGCAGCUCAUCAAAAAGGCCUACAAGUUAAUUCCGCGCUUAGCUACAACUGAGACAGGAGCUGCUGCGCUAAGAGAAAGGAACGCAGAGCUCCAGGGCCUCAUCCUUGCUACGGCUGACAAGACACCUGCAUCCGCGCGCCGGGAUCGUAUGCUCGCCAUCCAUGAACUCGUCUCACACCUCCCAACUUCCGAUCUCCAUUUCAUCCCUUCAAUUCUCUCAGAGGUUGUACUGGGCUGCAAAGAGAGUAAUGAGAAAGCCCGCACUGCUUCGUUUGACCUGCUCAUUCAGCUUGCGAAACGCACCAUUGACCAUGAGCUGAACCCACCGGGCACCACCAUCCGGAACUCUCUUGUCCCUCAUAUGCCUGAUGACGCCCCUGAUGCUCCUGCCACAAUUGAGGAGUUCUUCACAAUGGUAUCUGCUGGUCUCGCUGGUAGCUCGCCACACAUGGUAGCCGCCUCGGUGACCGCGUUGUCGCGACUCUUUUUCGACUUCCACAAGGACAUCCAGUCUGCCAUACGGCUGGACCUGGUCCAAACAGUGGAACUGUUUCUCACAAGCAAUAACAGAGAGAUUGUCCGGUCUGUUCUUGGUUUUGUCAAAGUUGCUGUUGUCGUUCUCUCGGACGACGAGCUGCGUCCGCGGCUGAACACCCUCGUGCCAAACCUAAUGGUUUGGAGCAAAGAGCACAAGGGCCGUCUCAAGAGCAAAGUAAAGGGCAUCCUAGACCGGUUAAUCCGCCGGUUUGGGGCCGCCCCGCUGGAAGAACUGGUCGGCGAAGCGGACCGGAAACUCGUAGUCAACAUCCGCAAGCUUCGCGAGCGCCGCAAGAAGAAGAAGAAGGAAGGCGAAGCCGAUGAUGACGAGGAUGAUGACGAUGGCCACAACCCAGGAACAGCCGACAAGAACGCCAAAUCCUUCGGAAACGCCUUCGAUAAGGCCGUCUACGACUCGGACUUCUCCGACUCCGACGAUGACGCCAGUGAAAUCAGCGUUGACGAGGAAGGAACAACCCAUGUCCAGAGUAAGGGCGGUCGCAAGGCCCAAGGCCGAAAAGGUAAACAGAGCGAGCAGUACAUUCGCGAACUCUCCCCUGAAGAUAACCCGCUUGAUCUCCUCGCCCCCGACGCCCUCGCCAACAUCUCCACCACAAAACCUAGCGUGCGCUUCCUUAACACAGGACCGGGUUCUCGCCGCAAACACGCUGCCAAGGUCGGUCCUGACGGCCGUCUGCUUCUAGGCGGUGAUGACGACGCCGAGGACAUCGAUAUGGCUGGCGGAGACGGCGAUAACGGCGAGAGCGGAAUCAACGCGUAUGUACAGGCCGUUGCUGGACCUGAUGCCAUCCGCCGCGGCCAGCGCGGAAAGAUCAAGAUGGCACAGGCGCAGAAGAAAAAGUCCCAGCGGGACGACGAGAUGGAUGUUGAUGAUGGCAAUGAAAACAGUGCCAACACAAACCGACAAUCUUCCUCUCAAGCUGGGAGGGGAGGUCCAGGUCGUGGCAGUAGUCGCGGAGGCAGCAAUCCUCCUGGUCGUCGGGGUCUGGGAAUGCCCAAGACCCACGGUCCCAGUGGGAUCCAGAAGCGUCGGAAUCCGCGCGGAGGACGGAGCGGGCGAGGUGGCAUUCGUGUUGGAAGAGAAAGAGGGCGGAGGUAACGGAUUUAAUGGAAUGGUCAUUGAUUAUGCCAUAUGAUAUUGGAGUCUACAGAUGAAAUGACCGAUCAAAAAGAUUCAACGCAACGGCUAGAAAAAUGUUAUGAACAUGCAC